AUGAGUGAGUGCAUCUCUAUCCAUGCUGACCAGGUUGGUGUCCAGACUGGCAAUGCCUGCUGGGAGUUCCACUGUCUGGAACAUGACAUCCAGCCUGAUGACCAGACACCAAGUGACAAGACCAUUGGGGGAGGAGAUGACUCCUUCAACACCUUCUUCAGAGAGACAGGCACUGGCAAGCAUGUGCCCCCUGCAGUGUUUAUAGACCUGGAACCCACAAUUAUUGAUGAAGUUCACACUGGGACAUACCGCCAGCUCUUCCAUCCUGAACUGCUCAUCACAGGCAAAGAAGAUGCUGCCAGUGACUUUGUCUGUGGCUACUACACCAUUUGA